AUGCUGGAAAAACUACCCCGCGAGCUCCGAGACAUGAUCUACCUGGAGCUGUACCAAGAUAGUCAGGACGAACCAUUCGAGAUCGUGGACAAUAGUACCAUACAUCCACACGAUAACUCGCAUGAAUUCGAGCCUAUCGUCAAAGCCUAUGAAACUCCGUACUGGAUGAUAGAGGACGAGGUUGGAUAUGAGUUUGCAAAAGAAGCGGUAGAGACCUGGUACAAGCACGUAUCUCUUUCGGUCGACGUAAAACUUCUGCCACAGCUCUUGCAAGACGAAGAUGGAGUGCUGUAUAACAAUGGAGCACCGUCCGUUCCCACACAUAAAUUCCUCAGGAAGCUGCAAGUCGUCAUUGGGCCCGCGUCAACAUCGGACUCCUAUUCCGGCAGACCAGGAGGUCGAGCAGUCCACAUCCAACAAACAUGUCAAUCGCUCUCUGCUCUGUCGACGGAGGCGAGCGUCGCGCGAAAGAAGGAUUUUGAGCUGCACAUCGCCUUCCGACGGGUUUCGGUCUAUGAACGUCUAAGCUACAUCAAUGCGGUAUGCCCAGUGGUCUAUGGCUUGAAGACUCAGGGCUUCAUGGUGACGAGUAGCCAAUCUAUCGGAAGAAGGAUGGUUCGGAUAUGUGAUGAAGAGGUCUGUAUGUGCAACGGCCGUAGGAUUGGAGAGAUGGUAUGGGCACAUACCAUGGAAGAGGAUUGGUUCAACCGCUCUUAA